AUGUCGGCUCCAAGCACUACUCCCUACGCCCAGGCGGUGAUCAUUCCAUCGUUUUCUAUCCUAUGCAUGCUGCUGACCAUCCCUCCGUUGAUCUUGCAUUGGAAAAAUAGGAAUCUUCCUGUGGUUUCCCUCAUAUGCUGGCUCCUGUGUCUCAACUUGUUCAACAUUAUCAAUGCAUUUAUCUGGCCUAGUGAUGAUAUGGAUAAUUGGUGGAAUGGGGCAGGUCUUUGUGACGUGGAAGUCAAGGUGAUGAUUGCCAGCUAUGUUGCGGUGCCUGGGAAUUUGCUCUGCAUCUUCCGCACUCUGGCCAGCAUGAUUGAUACUAGGCGUGCAAUGCUUGUCCCGAGCAAGCAGCAACGGUGGUGGAAUAUCGGCAUAGAUAUGCUAUUUUGUGUGAUCGUGCCCGUCGUGGCAAUAGCCACACACAUAGUCUACCAGGCGAGCCGAUAUAUUCUGGUCGGCAUCUCAGGCUGCGUUAAUAGCUUUGAUGAAAGUUGGGUGAGCCUCAUACUGGCAUGGAUCUGGCCUCUAGUGAUCUGCCUCAUCGCUGGCUAUUAUUGCAGCCUUGUGGUCUAUCGUCUUCACAGGUACCGAAAUCAGUUUGGAGACAUCCUACAAGCAUCAAACAGCAACUUGAACAAGUCUAGAUUUAUGCGGCUAUUCCUCCUUUCCUUCAUUGUGCUCCUGGCUAUUUUGCCAGUCCAGACCUACGUUGUCUACAAGAACAUAGAGCUUUCGCUGCCGUGGCACGCUUACUCAUGGAGGGUGGCACAUGGACCACAUUGGAAUAAGAUCCAGAAGAUACCUUCCGGCGGUGAUGCCUUCUUCGAUCGCUGGUUUCCAAUUGCCUCUGGGUUCAUGUUAUUCAUCCUCUUCGGUUGCGGCCGAGACGCUUCUAGGAUGUAUGGCUCAUACCUCCGCUUGUUGCGCCUGGAUCGCUGCUUCGUCAGAACCCAGGACUCUUCAUCAGAUGCAUCUCGCUCGAACACUUCAGGUUUCUCGAACAGCCGAUUUGGAUUACUCUUUCAUAAAGCAUGGACUUCUACAGCAGAAACUUGUGCAGAGAACCCUGCUACUGCGAAUAGUAUCGACAGGAGCUCGGAUGACAUCGAGAAGGGCAGAGCCUCUUCGCCGAAACCCCAGCGAGGACAAAACAUGUCGUGGCUCAAGCAUCCUUGGUCAUUUUUGCACCGUCCACUUCACCGCUCAUCUACUUCUAGUGGCGAGAGAAUCCUGUCCCGUCCUAACCUUUCUACUCCGUCAAAUACAGUUUCCGCUAAUGCAUGGGCGGGCUCCAGCCAAAGCCGGGGGAGUAGUGAUCUUACCUAUAUGCCUGGAAGGGAAGCCUUUAUCCGAGUGAAACGCGACAUCAGCCAGGAGAGCGAAUUACGAAAAUGA